CGGCGGCGGCGGCGGCGGCAGUGGCAGCACAGCCCGCGGAAUGGAGCGGCGCCGGGGCUGAGCCGGGCGCGCAAGGGCCGCCGCAUGUGCUUCCCGGGGAGCAGCUGCCGAGCGGGCGGACAGCGAGCGCGAGAGGCCGCCUCGGAGCAGCCGCGGGAGAGCGCCCGAGAUGGGAGAGCAGCCCAUAUUCACCACCCGGGCGCACGUCUUCCAGAUUGACCCCGCCACCAAGAAGAACUGGGUGCCCGCCAGCAAGCAGGCCGUCACCGUGUCCUACUUCUACGAUGUCGUCAGGAACAGCUAUCGGAUCAUCAGCGUGGACGGAGCCAAGGUGAUUAUCAACAGCACAAUCACGCCCAAUAUGACUUUCACCAAAACGUCGCAGAAGUUCGGGCAGUGGGCCGACAGCAGAGCCAACACGGUGUUCGGGUUGGGGUUUUCGUCGGAGCUGCAGCUGACCAAGUUCGCAGAGAAAUUCCAGGAGGUGAAGGAAGCCGCCAGACUCGCCCGGGACAAGUCGCAGGAGAAGAUCGAGACCUCCAGCAACCAUUCUCAGGCAUCCAGCGUCAAUGGGACGGAUGACGAGAAGGCCUCCCACGCGAGCCCGGCAGACACACACCUGAAGUCCGAGAACAACAAGCUGAAGAUUGCCUUGACGCAGAGCGCCGCCAACGUGAAGAAAUGGGAGAUCGAGCUGCAGAGCCUGCGGGAGAGCAACGCGCGGCUGACGACGGCGCUGCAGGAGUCCGCCACCAGCGUGGAGCAGUGGAAGCGGCAGUUCUCCAUCUGCCGCGACGAGAACGACCGGCUGCGGCACAGGAUCGACGAGCUGGAGGAGCAGUGCAGCGAGAUCAACAGGGAGAAGGAGAAGAACACGCAGCUGAAGAUCCGCAUCGAGGAGCUGCAGUCGGAGCUCCGGGAAAAGGAGACGGAGUUGAAAGACCUCCGGAAGCAGAGUGAAAUCAUACCUCAGCUCAUGUCCGAGUGUGAAUACGUCUCUGAGAAGCUAGAGGCGGCAGAGAGAGACAAUCAGAACCUGGAGGACAAAGUGCGUUCGCUGAAGACAGACAUUGAGGAGAGUAGGUAUCGACAGCGCCACCUGAAGGUGGAGCUGAAGAGCUUCCUGGAGGUGCUGGACGGGAAGAUCGACGACCUGCACGACUUCCGCAGGGGCCUCUCCAAGCUGGGCACCGACAACUAGGGGCGGCCAGCCUGGGCACCCCCCCUCCCCCGGGAGGUGGGGAGUCCCAGGUGUGUGUGUGAGAGGCAGCUGGGCAAGGGCGUCCUCCCGCGCGCACUGCGCCCGGGCGUGCGGGCGCCGUGGGCCGUGCUUCUCGCUCGUCCCCGGAACAGAAAUCUCUCGCGUCUCCGGCCUUCCCAGACUGUGUGGACGCAGGCAGAUGCUGACUCAGGAACCCAGAACUUGGUCUACCUUCAACGUUCGCGCAGUCCGGGCAGGGAUGUUUCUAUCUUUCCUAACCGUGUGGCAACCAUACAAACUGAAAUUAGUUUUCUAAGACAAAUGUGAAUGUCCUUCACACCUCCCUUUUUUUUGAAUAACAUUCAGAGUAUUUGAAUGUCCACCAGGCGCCCUCGUGGGGUGUGGAGAUAGAAAAUUCCUUCCCAGUUAAGUAUCCGGAUGCUUUAAAGCCGUUACUCAGCAGACGCGUCCGGAGGAAGAAGACAAGUUUCUGGUGGGUGCAUUUCCUGGCCCAGGGCCUGCCUGCACCCACCCUACCCCUCUGGCCCCGCCCCCAGUUUGUAAGGUUGCGACAAUGGGCCUUUUCAUGGUGUUAAUGUCUGAGCAGACUGCUGUGCUGUGGGAACAGCACGCAGUGAGGAUGCCUAGCACAGUGCCUGGCACAAAGUAGGUGCUUAAUAAAUAUUUGUUCAA